AAUAGAACAAACCUGAAGUUUGAAGUUAUUAUAUUUCGCUUACCGUAUCAUUUUUGCAAGUUAUGCCGGUUAUCUUUAGAAGAAAAGUUCUGGAGAAGGAUAUGUGAUACACUUUAUUCGUUGCACGUAUUAAGUGUACAUGUAAUAAAUAAAUAUGAAGAAUCUACGCUGUAUUAACACCAGAAAUAUUAACGUUUUUGGAUUGUUGUUCCUCUAUGUAGGAAUUAUAAAGGUGGCAGGGCAAAGUGUGAUAACCGCAGAUAUCGCAGCAAUAACAUAUAAUGCAUCCAAUAUAAAGACACUUAGCAAUCAUUGCGAAUGUAUUAAAUAUAAUUGUGGGUGCUGUCAAUACAUGGAAUGGGAUGAAGUGUCUCUAAAUGGAACAUUAUGCGCUAAUGCAAGCUACUUACAACAUGAGUAUGGGAUUUCAAUGACACUGACAUUCAACAAGUGGACUAUCAUUAAUGAGACAGUUUCAGCCCGAAAUCCACCACCUAUUUGUAUUGGCGAGAACAUUGUAGAUCUUGAAAUUGAAGUUUGCUUGCAUAUUUAUGAUAUAGAUAUAGAUAUUGAAACUAACAAGUUUCAUGCAUGUUUCGAAGUUCUUGGGAGAAUUAUGAAACUCAAGUUCUCAAAAAUAAAAUUAGGUUGCGUCAAUACCAGUUUAUACGAGGGUGUAAGGUGCAUCGAAAACAAUAUCAUUCACCAGUUAUCAAAUUUUAAAUCUGUGAAGGCAGAACAGAAGAUGAAAGCUGAAUCUACUAUAAAUAGUGGAGCUCAUAACGGAAUAACUUUAGAUUUCAUUUUGUUGCUAUUAUCUCUACAUUCGUUUGUUCUGUUGUACAAAAUAUUAGUAACACGUACUAUUUGAAAGAAAGACAAAAUGUUCAAAAAGAAAUGAAUUCUAUGUGCCAUAUUGGAAUUUAAAAAAAAAAAAUUAAAAAGUGCCAC